AUGACUGAUAUCAACAAGUCUACUGUUAUUUCCUCAGUUUUGUCCGCAGACUCGAGUACCGAGAGAAAUGCUUCCAAUAUAACUACAAUUCUAAGGACACAAUUUAAUCCUACAUUAGCUUUCACCUGUCUGUUGCUGAUAUGCUCAUCAUUCAGUCAUGGAUUCGAUAAUCAAGGUUUUGCAACGAUACAAGCAAUGGAUUCUUUCGCAGAACAAUUCGGAGAUUACAAUAAGCUCACGCAUUCAUACGCCAUUCCCUCUUUUUUCCUUUCUUAUCUGAACAGUUUUCAGUACAUAGGAUUUGGCUUUGGAUUGACUCUAGGCAGUUAUGUGAGCUCUGUAUUCGGAAGAAAAUGGUGCAUUCGGUCAAUGAGUGCAUACGCCCUUGUAACUGCAACUACUGCAGUAACCUCAAAAGCAAGGGAGCAGAUACUUGCUGCUAGAGUUUUGAAUUAUAUUUUUAUUGGAAUGGAAAUGGCAGUUAUUCCAGUUUUCCAGGCCGAAAUCACGCCUGCAGAUGCGCGUGGGUUUAUGGUUGGAGCGUUUCAACUUUCUUUGAACAUCGGAGGACUAAUAAUACAUGUGAUUACUAAUGCAACUGCUAAUAGAGAAGACUCAUCUGCAUGGCGUAUACCUGUAGGCCUAUUUUUCGUCUUUCCUGCAUUGAUAGGGACCUUGAUAAAUCUUAUUCCGGAGUCCCCGCGCUGGCUUUUAGCUCAUUCAAGAGAGAAAGAAGCUAUGGACUCUCUCAAAAAGUUCCGGAGUGGAAAAUUUACUGACUUACAGAUUCUCGAAGAAUUCAAGGAGAUUGAAAUCAGCUUAAAAGAGACCGAAAAAAAUACUGGCAGCUAUCUUGACCUCUUUAAGGGGACCAAUAGCACGCGGACUCUCAUCGUGAUUGGCAUAAAUGUUUUUCAGCAGAUUACAGGGCAGGCGUUUGCCUCACAGUACGGUACCAUCUACAUUAAAUCAUUAGGAACUGUUAAUGCUUUUCAAAUGAGCAUCGUAAGUGCUGUGGUGUCUAUUGUAGGAGUGAUUCUCAGUCUUAUACUGAACGACAGAUAUGGGAGGAAAACAUUUCUUUACAUGGGAUUGUUGGGACAAAGUGCGGCACUGAUGACUAUGGGUGGGUUGGGAACUAGCAAAACAGUAACGAAAGAAAUGAAAAACGGUAUCGUUGCUAUGAUGAAUAUUUUCUCAUUCUCGUUUUCGUUCGGAUAUGCUCCAUUAUGCUAUGUCGUGAGUAGCGAGAUACCAACACUGAGGCUCAGAGAUAAGACGUAUCGCAUUGGAAUGUUAGUGAACAUUCUAUUCGCGUUUCUGGUGGCGUUUACCCUUCCUUAUUUGCUAAAUGCCGGAUACGCUAACCUUCAAUCAAAGGUUGGAUUCAUAUAUGGCGCCUUCUCGGUACUGGGACUAAUUUUCACCUGUUUCAUGGUGCCCGAGUGUUAUGGCAAAUCACUUGAGGAAAUUGAUUUUUGUUUUGAUAAAAAAAUCCCUUUGCGCAAAUUCGGCUCUUAUAAUGUGCGUGAAAGCCCAGAAUAUGUGCAUUUUACAGAGUCCUAUAAGAGUUCGUUAGCAAACAAAGAAGAAAAAGAUUGA